ACAGAAAGCGUUCUUGGUCUUCGACCGGCUUACGGGGGUCUUGGCUCUGCUGCGAGUGCUGCUGUUUGAUGCUGUCGGACUUGAGACAAUGAACCACCGAAUUAGGCCAGCUGGCUGAAGCAGACAGAAAGAAGAGGUCGCGAAAACGUUGGGAUGGCGAUGCAAACAGCCUGUGGCUCUCCUAACAGAACCAUGACACUGCAGUGCUGGCUGCUGUUGAUAGCACUUGGAGCCAACCUGGUACCUGGCAGGUUUUCACAAAGUGCAGAUGGUGAAAAUGAAAUUGGCUCCGGGGAUCAUGUGGUACUUCAUAACAUCAGCAGUGAUGGAGAAGCUAGGAGAAUUCCAAGAAAGACGGUGGCAGCCAAGCCAGGAUCCCCUUCAGGUCAGUGUUCUAUCACCUUCCACAUCGGCAGGCCUUCUGGUGUCUCCACAGGCUGCACUUCCCACAAGCUCAACACUCCCAACUGGCAGGAGGAACUCGACCACAUUAAGAGACUUGUCCACAAGAAUGAGGCCACCAUUAAGAGCCUUUUCUCCACCAUCACUAAGGAUAUCGGAGAGGAGCCAUACAGAGACAUCAUCACAGGUGUGCUACUGGGAAUCAAAGAGGACAAUAUCAGUUUUGAGGAGAUGAUGAAGAAAAUGAUGGCGGAGUUUGAAACUCAACGAGUGGGUGACUUUGUUGGAUCCCUCUUUGAUUUUGAAAAAGUCCAAGAAGAGGCGAGUCUCACGGCAGACCUGCUGUGCUCCACAGCGGACAUCGCCGACCGCCUCGAGCGGGGGUCUCGAGAGCUUUACUCCCAGCUGACCAAAUUCCAGCCUGACCACAGCCACAGAGAGCGAGUCCCCCCCUCCCCCUCCUCCUCCUCUUCCUCCCUUUGCUCCUGGAGGGGAUGUGUCUGA